AUGAGCGUCGAUAAACCCGUGUCGAGGAACAACUAUUUCAUCCAGGUGGUGCCCCCUGAGCCGCUGGAUGCCGUGGAUCCGGAAGAACUGGCCUGGGGUAAGAACCAGAACGGUGAAGAGGAUGUGAAGAGAGAAGGUGGGCUUGGUGCGAAGAGCAAGCGAUAUCAACGUGACGCAAAUGCGCCGAAGCCGAUUGUCGAGGCCCGGACGCUGCGUCUGCGAUCUGAACGUCAGACGCUCCGCCGACUGCCCAAGAGUGGCGUGAUUGUAUUUGGAAUCCGCACGUACAUGACGCCUGUCGGAAGGUUGGUCGAGGAGGGCGUCGGCGAGAGACUUGCGGGUGCGGUACGGGGCUGGAGCGAAGACAUUGACCAGUACAAGGGCAGCGUGUUGUACAAGGAAGCGCUGCUGGCGUAUCUCGAUUGCCCCUUUUAG